AUGAAGUUGUCAAAGAUCUCUAUCUUGUUAUGUUUCAUUAUUGUUGCCUUUGGGGUGGUUGUUAAUGGCACAGAGGUAGACGAAGAAGUUGGGAUUUAUGAGCUGCAAAAAGAUGAAUUCUUGGUCAAGUUUACUAACUGGGGUGCAAGCAUUGUGUCUGUUGUUCUUCCUAAUAGAGAUGGCGAGUUGACAGAUGUUGUCCUUGGGUAUGAUUCUAUUAAGGACUAUAUGAAUGAUUCGUCAUACUUUGGUGCUACUGUUGGACGGGUUGCUAAUCGGAUUGCUGGUGCUCAAUUUACAUUAUUUGGGAUCACUUAUAAGCUAGAUGCUAAUGCAGGGCCUAACAUGCUUCAUGGUGGGUCGAAAGGAUUCAGUGAUGUUGUUUGGAAGGUAAUAGAUCAUCAGAAGGAUAGUGAAUCUCCUAGUAUUACCUUCUCCUAUUACAGUGCUGAUGGUGAAGAAGGUUUUCCUGGCGAUCUUCAUGUCACUAUGACCUAUGUCCUCAGUGGAUUUUACAAUUUGCAAGUAAUAAUGGAAGCCACGGCCUUACAUAAGGCCACUCCAGUGAAUCUAGCCCAACACACUUACUGGAACCUUGGAGGCCACACCAGCGGUGAUAUCCUAUCCGAGGAGGUUCAGAUAUUUGCAUCCAAAAUCACCCCAAUUAUUAAGGGCAUCCCCACAGGAGAAAUUGCAUCCGUGAAGGGUACACCCUAUGAUUUCCUCGAUCCACAAACUAUUGACAACAAGAUAAAAGAUCUUCCUAAUGGUUACGAUAUCAACUAUGUCAUUGAUGGUGACAACGACAACAAGAUUAAGCCAGUGGCUAUGGUGCAUGAUAAGAAGUCUGGAAUAGUAAUGAAGCUUUCGUCAACUGCACCGGGCGUGCAGUUUUAUACCGGCAACUGGAAAAAAAAUGUGAAGGGGAAAGGUGGAUAUGUUUAUCAAGCUCAUGCUGGCUUGUGUUUGGAAACACAAGGGUUCCCUGACUCUGUCAAUCACCAGAAUUUCCCUUCACAGGUUGUUGCUCCAGGAAAGGCUUACAAGCAUGUAAUGUUAUAUGAGUUUUCAAUCAAUGCUUAA